GCUAGAAAUCCUGUUCCUGGGACCUGUGCAGCUCAGUCCACAAGGUUUCUCUGGAAGUGGCACGUGCGGACUCUAAGCUUCAAGAUGGUGCAUGCUAAGAGCUGGACCCUGAAGAAGCACUUUGAAGGCCCCCCUACCAGUAGUAACUUUGAGCUCAAGACUACUGAGCUCCCACCCUUAAAAAAUGGAGAGGUGCUGCUGGAAGCUUUGUUCCUCACUGUGGAUCCUUACAUGAGAAUAGCGGCCAAAAGAUUGAAGGAGGGAGACACAAUGAUGGGUGAGCAAGUGGCCAGAGUCGUGGAAAGUAAAAACUCAGCCUUCCCAACAGGAACUGUUGUACUGACUUUUUCUGGCUGGACAACACACUCCAUUUCUGAUGGGAAAAAAUUGGAAAAACUGUCUGCAGAAUGGCCCAAAACGUUACCACUGUCUUUGGCUCUGGGGACAGUAGGUAUGCCAGGCCUAACUGCCUACUUUGGCCUACUUGAAGUCUGUGGUGUGAAGGGAGGAGAAACAGUUCUGGUCAAUGCGGCAGCAGGAGCAGUGGGCUCUGUUGUUGGGCAGAUAGCAAAGCUGAAGGGCUGCAAAGUUGUUGGAUCAGCAGGGUCUGAUGAAAAGGUGGCCUAUCUUAAAAAGAUUGGAUUUGAUGUUGCCUUUAACUAUAAGACAGUAGAGUCUUUGGAAAAAGCUUUGAAAGAAGCCUCUCCUGAUGGGUAUGAUUGUUAUUUUGACAAUGUUGGUGGAGAGUUUACAAACACUGUUAUUCCCCAGAUGAAAACAUUUGGAAGAAUUGCAGUGUGUGGGGCCAUCUCUACCUAUAACCGUACUGGGCCUCCUCCCCCAGGCCCACCCCCGGAGAUUAUUAUCUAUCAACAACUCCGCACAGAAGGGUUCAUCGUCUAUCGCUGGCAAGGAGAGGUCCGCCAGAAAGCCCUGAAAGAGCUGAUGACGUGGGUGUUAGAGGGUAAAAUCCAGUAUCACGAGCACGUCACUGAAGGAUUUGAAAACAUGCCAGCAGCAUUUAUGGGAAUGCUGAAAGGAGAAAAUCUGGGGAAGGCAAUAAUGAAAGCAUGAGAAAAAUGACACCUGGAAUCCUCAUUGGAUGUUCAUCUCCUUUUCUCCUGCUUGCUCUAAAUGUAUACUACCUUAAUCAUCUAAGAAUGAGUCACUGUAAUGAGUUUAAUCUACCCAAAAAACACAUGUAAGUGGUUUGUAAUUAGUGACAGAGCAUGAAAAUUAUCUGAUGAAAACCACCACUCACCCUGCUACCCACUACAGCUCCUCCUGGGGUAGCAUAAAAAACAGUGGUUUGGGGUCCCAAGUUCUACUGUAGACUUCAGAUUUUUCCUCUGUAGAAUGAGAAUAAGGGUUAGCUCACUCCCUGCAGAAAUCAGUGGAUUUGAAGUCAUAAGAUCUCCACCCCUGUUGCUUAUGAUGACACCAGAACCACAGCUGAUGUACAGUGGUCUGUGGACCAGCCACAAUGGUGGUGUGCACAUGAGUCUAAUAAUAUAACAGACCAAGGAAGGAAUCUGCCCUUCACAGCAGCUGCAAAAAAUAUGAUAAUACCUGAUACUAUAAAAAUAUGCAGAAUCUAAAGCUUGAAAAAAUUUUGAGGAAUAUAAAAGAUUUAAACAUAUAGAAAUGCACAAUGUAGUAAAAAAAAGAUAAGGGGCUAAGACUAAUAAAAGGGAUGAAUUUGAUCAAAGGACAUUAUAUGAAUGCAUGGAAACAAUGACACCCUUUAUUACCAUUAAUAUAUGGUAAUAACAAAAAAACAGAAUAAAAUUUGAAAAAAGAAGGAAGGCUACCAUACUCUGGACCAGGAGGAUUCAAUAUCAGAAAGAUGUCAGUUUUGUUGAUCAAUUCUAUCAUCAUAGAAGGGUUAAAUAGAAUUGUACAAUGAAACAAUGGGGCAAAACGUGUGGUUAUAUAAAAGCUCUGGAAUGAUGUCAUGAAGUUCUAACAUGGUUUGACUUCAAGGAAGAGAACUGAGGAGUACCAAAAGGACAGGGAUAAGAGGAAAACUUUCUACUGUUUGAAUUCUGAACCUUAUGAAUGAAUUUACUGACAAAUACAGUUAAAACAUAAAAGUCUCUGCUUUUUUUGUAUUCAAUCCUAUAGACAGAUGGGAGGGAACGUGGUGCCUGCCUUUUGGGGUUGGGAUGGAAAAGCUUCUGUAGCCCAGAGCAGGGUGAGGAGAUCAUGCAGGGAGGCU